AGAUGGUAGAGUCCAAUGUCCUCUGUGUGGUGUGUGUAGCAAAGGCCACAGCUUGCUGCCAACUUUAAGCAACCAUGGUCAACUUUGCAGCCUUUGCCCGUGAGCACUGGAUGAACUUAUUGGUGCCCAUGGGUUUUGUCAUCGGUUGGUACUUGGACAAAACACAGGACCAGAAGCUGACAGCUUUCCGGAACAAAAGCGCUUUAUACAGCAGGGAGCUGAAGCCUGGCGAGGAGGUGACUUGGAAGUAGACUUCCCAACGCCGGUGUACGUCUUCUGUGUCUGUGGUGUGAAUGACUCAUGGGUGCCCCUUAAAUGAGACUACUUAAUUAUUCUCACAUUCAUACAUCUUUGUUUUGAGUUGUAUCAACUAACAAUAAAUGUACUUCACCAUCAAAGACAA